UCGUUUUUGCAUUUCACAUUGUUGCUUCAGUAGCGCACGUGUUGUGCCUUUUAUUGUGUUUCAUUUCAAAAUAUAAAGCUUUAGUAAAAACUCUGCAUUAAAUAUGCCGCGUUCAAAAAGGGAUAAGAAAAUUUCCCUUACGAAAACUGAUCGUAAAGGUCUUGCUUGGAAACAACGUAUUAUAGAAGAUAUACGAAAAUGUGUAGGAAUUUACACAAAUAUAUUCGUGUUUCAAGUACAAAAUAUGAGAAAUAAUCUACUGAAAGAUUUACGACAUGAAUGGAAGGAAAAUUCAAGAUUUUUCUUUGGCAAGAAUCGAAUUAUGCAGAUUGGACUUGGUCGCACAGAAGCAGAAGAAAUUGAACCAGGUUUACAUGAAGUAUCAAAGCGUUUAAAUGGCCAAGUUGGUCUUUUAUUUACCACAAAAUCCAAAAAGGAAGUUUUAGAUUGGGCAGAAAGCUAUUGGGCGGUUGAAUAUGCACGCAGUGGUUUCGUCGCUACAGAAACAGUCACAUUACCGGAAGGUCCACUAGAAGAAUUCACACAUUCUAUGGAGCCACAUUUAAGAUCACUCGGUAUGCCAGUUAAACUACAGAAGGGCGUCGUAACAUUGUACAGUGCGUAUACAGUCUGUGAAGAAGGUAAAAUCUUAACGCCUGAACAAGCAAGAAUUCUUAAGCUUAUUGCAAAUCCAAUGGCCAAAUUCAGGCUAGCAAUUAAAUGUUCUUGGAGUAAAGACGAUGGAUUUGAAUUACACAUAAAAGACGAAGUGGAGGGCGAUAGUGGCCAUGGUGAUGAUGCUGAAGAUGAUGCCAUGGAACAAGAUGAGAAUGAAGAUACGGAUGAGUAGAUUAAGUUUUAAAUAUAAAACUGUACAAUAUUUAUUAAGUAAAUAAUUUUAUA